AUGAAAGAAAAUAUUGCUGAACCAAUAGUUCUUAUAAUUAUUAAUAGUAAUGAUAAUACAAAUUUAGAGAAUCAAGAAAAAAAUCCUAUUAACUUAGAAAUUCAAAAAGAAAAUUCUAACACUCAAGAUGAUGAUUCAGAUGAAGAAGGUGAAAAUAAUGAAUUCCAGGUUUCAUUAAAUUGGAAUAAUCUAAUUAAUACAUGGGGGCAAUUAUUAUUAUUACAGGAAAAAGAAGCAGAGUUGAGUGCUGUAACUGAUUUACAUUGUGAUGAUGAUAUAGAUAUUGAUGAAUUUUUAUUAAAUAGAACACAUCCUGCAUUAGAUAAUGAAGCUAAAUGGAAUAUAAGAGACAUUUUUAUUGAUAAUUUAGAUGCCCCAUUUUUUGUUAAUGAAAAUACUUCAAAUUAA